GUCUACCUGUUAACAUUGUGCUACUCUUCGUGGUCAGGUUAAAAGCCGACAUCUUUUCAUUUUUUUUAUUGUUUUAUUCGUGUUAUUUUAUUGCUAACCGCGAGACUCGUUCAGUGCAAGGUGUAUGUUGUGGCGAAGCGGAGAAAAAAGGAGAUACAACGGCAGCAAAAACGUGAUUGAUUCUUCCGAUACAGUUGAUACAGCUGAUCACGCAUACCAAAUUUUUCAAAACUUUUGGGUAUAAUUGACUCUGGCUGCUGACAGCAUUUCCAUCAUCGUAUAAUUUUUCUUAGCCGCCCAACACCCCUCUAACAAAACAAGAAAAAAAAAGAAAAGGCAAAUUCUAAACAGUGGCAUCAACAGCUGCGGAAAGCAGAAGAAAAGUUUCUCCAAGUCAUCAAUUAAAAAGUAAAAAAGGAAAAUAUUAAAGGCAAAAAGAUGGCAUCACACAAUGAUAAGAGUCGAAGCACGCUCAGCACCCUGGCGGCGGUCAUCUUAAUCUGCCACUUGGUCGGGAAAAGUGCUCAGGCUUGCCGUAAUGGAGGGAUCCUGAUGAAAUCCGGCCUGGGUCCGUCCGAUAAGUAUGAUAUAUUGGAAGAGCACAACAAAUUGCGCCAGGCGGUCGCACAAGGGCUCAUACCUGGACAACCAGGCGCAGAAAAUAUGCUGGAAAUGCAGUGGGACGAUGAACUAGCGAGCAAAGCGCAAGAGUGGGCUGACCAAUGUAUAUUCAAGCAUGAUCCCAAGAAGAAAUUAGAGCGUUUUACGAUGGGACAGAACCUUGCUCUUAUCUGGAGUAGCGCCUCUUUGGACGAUGACCGAGACAGCGAUUUUCCCGGGCGCAUUCGAAAGUGGUUCGACGAGGUUAAAAAAUACUCCUUCGGUGCAAAGUUCUCUCUGGCCACCGGUCACUAUAUGCAGCUAAUAUGGGCUGAUUCCUUCCUUGUUGGCUGUGGAUACUCGUACCAUUAUUCCGGAAACAAAUACAACAAAUUGUACGUCUGCAACUAUGGCCCAGCAGGAAACGUUCAAGGCCAGCUUCCGUACGUCACCGGACAUCCUUCGUGUGAGCAGCAUGGUCUGCAAAAAUCCCAUACCUACCCAGGUCUGUGUGUGCCAGGCGGCGAAGUGGAUCCUUACCAUCACGACAAUGUGAUUCCUCAGAAUUAUUAUUCUUAUCAAGCCUCAUCAAAUAAUCAUGAGAAUCAACACUACACCUCGGCACCGGCUAGGCCUGCCCCCGUAGCCUACACUGCGGCUCCCACCAGCACAAAUCAUCAACAACCAUACGACAAUCAUAUCCUGUACAAUCUCGUGUUUGACCAGCACAAACAACAACAACAACAACAACAACAUCACCAGCAGUAUCAUUAUCAGGCACAGCAUCCGUCGCAUCAGCAAACAUAUCAUCACCUGCCAAGCCCUGCGUCGGUGGUCACUGCAACGGCCAAUGCUGCCGCAAAUCUUCUCAAGCCUGGAAACAUCUUGAAGUCACCCUUUUUGUCGUACCGAUGGGAUUUGCUGUUCAAUUCCCUGCACUAAAAUUAAGGAUUACGCUUCCAUUUCAAGGCACAGAGAGCAUCUUUUCCCACCGAAAAUCGUGUGCCAUUCUUCUCUGUUCAGUGUUGCUUUCGGGGACUAGGUAGGAUUCCAGUCGGAUUUAGCAACGUAGCAUACACAACUGUGGCAUGAAAAUUCCGAAAGAUGAAAGCGAAAACUUUCUACUACAAAAUAGUUCCCUGUCACUUCCGGGUAACAUGUUGGAAGGAACAGACAAUGGGUACAAAGAUGCAAGCAUAUCUUUGGGACAACCUGCGCAUCAGAAUGAAAAAAUAAUCCUCGCUUGCACCACACAACACAAACAUCAACAGCCUUCCGGACAGGGACUGUCUCCUUCCCCAAAGCCCUGAAAAAGGCCCAAAAAGUGCAGCUCGUGUCUGCUACCUCACAUACACACUUUAUCAAUGGUUAACGAAGACAAAUAAACCCAAACAAAAGAUCAACAAAGAAAUAACAAAAUCUUGUCAAGUGCUAAACCUCAUACUUAUUGCAGUGUUUGGCAGAGACAAUAGUGAAGCUGGAUUACCAAUCCUACUGCUCUCGAGGCUACUCGACGUAGUAGUUGAAAAUACGACAGCAGAACAACUUUUAUCUCGGGUUAGAAGCAACCAGUUCCGGCGAGAGGCGGCGAGAGGAAAUUUCAACAGGAAAUGGCUUAUUCUUCUUUCCUGGGCGGCAGCGGGAGAUAAUAAUUAGACUGGAAACUCAACGGCUGUGGUGGCAAUUGUGGCGAACGAAGCAGAAACAUGGUCAUUUUUUGACGUCGUCCGGUGUGGUUAGUAGGUCAGCGACCAUAUUCAGUUCACAUUCGACAUUUUAAAUUGUUAUUAUUGGACUUGACUGUGCCCUCUACUAUAUUGAUGGUAAGACUUUUCUUGGUAGGUAAAUUGGUUGGAAAUUUUUUGAACGAGAUCUUGAGCUGCAAAUUCGACCCGACUCAAAUCUUACUUGGCUGGCAGUGGCAUUAUUAUAUUGGUAAAAUCAGCCUCCAAUGCUUUAUUAUGACUCAGAUAGUGUAUUGCAUCCAUUGCAACUUGCAAUCAAGUACCGUAAGGUCGCCAUUCGCCGCUCACUUAUGCUUAUUAUUAUUCAGCUAAACGUAAUUAAGCGACAAGAAUAUAAAAAAUCACCCCACAGAAAUUCAGUGAAUGGCAUACAAUGCACGAUAGUUUGAAAAUUUCAAGUUCAAAAUAUUAAGCCUUUUAAAAAUAUUAGAAAACGAUCCACCCCCCCCCCCCUCUCCACUUUUCGUGACGUUUUUCCUAUACCUAAUCCAUUGCUUAUCACAAAAUCAUAAACCCCCCCUUAGACCGUACACAGUUAUUUACGAUAUGCUACACAAAGAGUUUCAUGACUAUCACAGAGGGUUAGAAAACACAAAUGUCAGCUUGUCCUGAAUCUCGACACAUCCACGUUUUACCAAUCUUACUGCAACGGCUUUAAGAGACUUCCGGUCACUGUAAUUUCAUUUCCGAAAUCUUGAUAACCUUAUCGGAUCGCAAUUGUAUAUACAGCAUCAGCCUAGCUUUAAGUAAAAACCUACGAUUACUGAAACAUUUGCCCGACGAUGUAGGUUCGUGCGACAGCUCUGGUAAGAACGCUGUUAUGUUGGUGAAUGGUUGCACACAUCGAAUAGGAAAGUGCACAGAAGCAAAGAUAAAGGCGUUAAUUUAUUUAUUAUUCAGUCAAAAGAGUACAACGAACAAGAGCAUCUCCUCCACAGGAAGGUAUCGAUGCUUUGAAAGUAGGUACAUAGGUAGAUGAAUCGAUCGUUGAAUAGACGUCUCAGGCUCAGAUGAGCAGGGAUUUUAGUGCAGUACGCAGAAGAAAGAGUAAUUCUGUCUGGUAGAGGAUAAUCAUCGAUUUGUAUACACCCUUCGAGUAGGAAAAUCAUGGUCGAUUUUUUGUAGGGAAAAGAGCUGCCGGUUAAUUGUGCGUGGAAAAAAAUUUGAUUAUUUUGACCGCAGUUUUACACCAUAACUGAUUAAACAACACUUUGGUAGAUGGUGCCGAUGAUGGAUUGAAGUACAACAUUAUCAUUUGUAACGUUCUAUAAAAACUAGCAUUGAUUUUUACCUGGUUCUAUUUUGUCUUCAUCUAUGUACAGAAUCUACAGUUUUUUUGUAGAAUUGGUAUGUAUGUAUAAUGUUAGAGUAAGCCUUAAGUUAAUAAAGCUGAUCUUUGUUAAAGUUAGGUAUAAUGUAAAGUUGUAUAAAACUGACCACGAUUUCAGCACAGUCUGGAAAAUUAUUUUAUUAUGUAUAUUACAUGGAAUUAAAUCAAAUACCAAUCAAAUAA